AUGCGUGUGAGCGGCCCGCUUGAAUGUCUGCAGGACGUCCGUACCACACACGGCAAUGGUGGACGCUCGGGCCUCUAUCCGCGCUCAUGGACGACCUACCGUAUUCCGGAACUCGGACUCACCGUGACAAUUCGACAAGUGUCGCCGAUCAUUCCGCAUGACUAUGAGGACUCGUCGCUUCCCGUGUGCGUGUUCAGCGUCGAAGUCGAGAACGCGUCGCCUGAUCGAGCGUACACAGUGUCGGUGGCGUUCACAUUCCGCAACGGCACCGGCAAUCGGCGGUGGGAUCGCGAGUCCGAGUGCAGCGCCGCGAAAUACCUUGCCGCCGGGCAUGACGACAAAGCAAAAGUCAAUGGAAUCGCGUUGUUCCAUUCGGUAUCAGGAAUGAGGUGUAUCUAUGGUCUCGCGACGACAUUGCAAAGAGACGUUGAAACAUCGAUAUGUCAACGAUUUGAUCCGUCAAAAUCGGGCAGAGCGUUCUGGACGACACUUGAGCAGACGGGAAAUGUUCCGCAUUACGAUAGCGAAUGUUGUCAAAACUCAAGGGAGAUGGCGGUUGGCGUUUGUAAUAAAUUCGAAUUGGCGCCUGGAAAGCGAAAAACGGUCGAUUAUGCGCUCAGUUGGGACAUGCCGAAGGUCAAUUUUGGAUCGCUGCAAAGAAGCUAUCAAAGAAGGUACACGAAAUUCUUCCGAAGUGUCGACGCCGCCGACGCGCUCUGCGUCCGCGCGCUUCGUCGAUUUGCGAUUUGGGAACAGAAAAUCGACGAAUGGCAAUCGCCGAUAAUCGGCCAUCCGAAGUUGCCGGAUUGGUACAAAGCGGCGCUGUUCAAUGAGUUGUACUUCAUCACCGACGGCGGAACGGUUUGGUUUGAGUUUGACGAUAGUUGGUCACAACGCGAGACUCACCUCAGCGAGUAUACGAAGAAGCUGAUGAAGGCGACGGGGCGAUUCGGCUAUUUGGAAUCUUGGGAAUAUCGAAUGGUGAACACGUAUGAUGUGCAUUUUUAUGCGUCCUACGCACUGGCCGAAUUGUGGCCGAAUUUGGAAUUGGCGGUUCAAGCGGAAUUUACUGACCAAGUCUAUCAUUCGAUUGAAAAGCCUAUUCGAUUCCAUAUGGAAGGGGAUGUGGCGAACCUGAAGACGGCUUCGAGGGUCCCGCACGAUCUGGGCAAUCCGGCGGACGAGCCGUGGCUUGCCACCAACGCCUAUGUGAUGCAUGAUACGGGAAAAUGGAAAGAUUUGAAUAUGAAAUAUGUUUUGACAUCGUGGAGAGAUUAUAUUGUGUUGUCCAAUGAGCACGACGAUUUUUUGAACCACACCUGGCCGGUGAUUAAGAUGAUCAUGACGGAAGCUCUUGAAAAUUGGGACCAAGACAAAGACGGAAUGAUUGAGAAUUUCGGCAAAGCCGAUCAAACGUAUGAUGCUUGGCAAAUGGAAGGUGUCAGCGCCUAUUGUGGCUCAUUAUGGUUGGCUUCACUUCGGGUGGCCGUCGAAAUGGCGAAAAUUGUUGGCGACGACAACACGAGAGUGAUGCUCGCCGAGACCAUGGAGAAAGCCAAACUAGUGUUCGUUGAAAAAUUGUGGACUGGAACGUAUUUCAGAUUCUGUGAGCGAUCGAGAAGUCGUGAAACUGUGAUGGCUGAUCAAUUGUGCGGCUAUUGGUUCUUGCAAUCGGUGUCGCCCGACAUGGCCAAUGAUAUAAUUGCCCAUGAGAUGGUCCAAACUGCAAUUAAUACGAUCUACGAUCUCAAUGUAUGCAGUUUUGCGAAAGGAAAAAUGGGAGCCGUUAACGGAAUGAAGCCGAACGGAAUCGUCGACCGUGAGUACAUUCAAGCGGAUGAAGUUUGGACUGGUGUUACCUAUGCGGUGGCUUCUUUAAUGAUUCAACAAGGUGAAAUUGAUAAGGCGUUCCAUACCGCUUCUGGAUGCUAUCUGACGUGCUUCGAGCGAGCGGGACUUCAGUAUCAGACGCCUGAAGCUAUUUACGAGAGGAAGUAUUAUCGAGCUAUUGGGUAUAUGAGGCCACUGGCAAUUUGGGCGAUGCAAUGGUCGCUGAAACGACAUUGCGGAUUGAAUACGAAUGACGAAAAAUUGCCUCAAAUGAAUGGCGAGGCGAGUUUGAAAGGUGACAGCGCGACAAGUGAGGAUAGCUCAAGUCUUGGGUAUGUCAGCGAUUUUCGAGACGACGAACGACUAGUUGUUCCCAAAGUGGUCCGAACCCCAGCCUAA